UUUUAUGGAAAAAACUCCAUCAAAUCGGGUGAAAAAAUAACCCUCAGCUUGAGUGGAGAUACAUUUUUAGGUUUUAUUAUACAAGCUCGAAAUGCUCGAAAAAAACCUAUUGGUAGAUUUAAAGUUGUUGAAAGUAAAAAAUCAAGAGCUUUAGAAUGUUACGCUAAUGAAGACACUUUGAUUAAUGUUAAAUUGCACAGGAAACCUAUUAAUGGUGUUCAAUUUGAAUGGUUAUCUCCUAUCGAUUACAAGGGUACCGUCAAGUUUGUCGCCACUGUUUUUAAGGAUCGUCAUACAUUUUGGGUACGCAAGGUAACCAAAAAGGUUACUGUAGAAUAGGUUUUAGAAAUAACACUACUUUGGAAUGAAUGGCUUUUUUUUAAAUUUAUGUUUUUUUUUGUUAUUCACUGUACUGUGUUUAAAUUAUACCUACUUUGAAAUGAUUUCAAAGUUCCAGGUUUUCUUACUUCAGUCGAAAAAAGGA